GGCAAACAGAGCGACCCGAGAGAACUACGCAUCCGGAACUUGACUCGUUUCGCACGUCAGUUGGUUAGCGUCACCAGAGUGCAUCUGAACUGCUCGGGAGCCGACCUUAGUCCGCGCAUUCGAAACAUGUUCACUGGCGACGACCGAAGCUCCUCCUCCAGCUGUACGAGCGGCGAACUUAAGAGGAGUCGCUCACAACUCGAAAGCGAGAGCAUCCCUGAAGCGAAUGAAAACGUCAUUGGCGAAGAAGUUCUUUCGACUCUGCUGAGUUCAAUUCUGCGGGAGAAACGUCAAGCUCUGCUCCGGCAGCCAGAGGUGGCAGCCAUUUUGGAACAGAGACGUCUAGGUCAAUUUUUGGUCGAAAACCGAAGAAACUGAAUGUCCGACUGCGGCACGAACUCGUGUCUCUGUCAUGCCUCUACAGCAGUGUCCCAAUCGAUGGAUGAGAUGGACUUCGAGAAGGGUCUCUGGGGAGCGGCUUCAGACGGAAACCUAGCUAGGAUACGUGACUUGAUCAAUAAAGGCAAGAAUCCGAACGACCCUGAUUCGUACGGAUACACCGCUCUGCACUAUGCCGCCCGUGGUGGACGAGUCGAGGUCGUCCGAGAACUCUUGUCGAGAGGGGCCUGUCCAAGAGCUCAAACGCGGGGCGGCGCGACCCCCGGACACCGUGCCGCCUACGCCGGGCAUGAGGCGGUGCUCUGGUCACUUCUGGUAGACGGUGCCGAAAGCCUUGUCGACUCUGACGGUGACACGGUCGUUCACAAGGCAGUGAAGGGCGGGCACCACUCUCUAGCCCUGGAGAUCAUCGCGAGGUUCCCGGGUUUGGCGACGGUUCGGAACAACAGGCAGCAACUCUACGAUCUCAGAGAGGCCGCGGAUUGAAGUGGAGGAGAGGGUUUCAAUGGAGAUAUUUUUGAAAGAGUCAUUUUCUGUCCAUUCUCUGUCCUCGCUCAUUACCUAUUAUCACAGUCAGCUCGGACGGAAAUCGCUCCUCUGAUACGCAGGCAUUAAAUCAGGGUAUGGUUCCGGAAAGUCGGGUCGGAU